GCACCGCUGUGAUCAUGGCGAGACAUCUUCGCUUCGUGGCGCGGACGGUGAUGGUCCAGGACGGGAACGUGGACGGAGCUUACAAGACUCUGAACAAGGUCCUCAGCCAGGAAGGGAUUAUCGAAGACGUCAAGCGCAAGCGCUACUACGAGAAGCCCUGUCGAGAGAGACAGAGGAAGAACUUUGAGAACUGCAAGCGGAUCUACCACUCGGAAAUGGCGAGGAAAAUUAACUUCAUCUCCAGGACAAUCAGAGAGGAUCCCUGGCUCGGCUGCUAGAGGAAUGGGAGUGUGAUGGAACCGGACUUUAUCAAUGGACCAGCCAGCAAAGUGGAGGAAGCAAUCGUUACAGACGCAAUUCCAACGACACGUCUAUAUGAACUUUAUAAAAAGAGAAAAUAAUGGCUUUUGUGGUGUCGCACACAGUGAAACAGACUUGUUUUAAAUGUGUUAAAACUGAGUUGUUUUCCAGUAUAAAUGUUAACAGCAUUUCUUAUGUUAGGAGAGAAAAAAAUCUUUGUACUCGUUUUUGGUUGUAAUGAGCAGGUUAUCAAACACUAAAUUUGUGUUUGGAACCUUCCUUCAUAAUCUUGCUGAUAAAAAUGCUAAUAAAAAACAUUUAAAUUGGUGAAA